CCAUUGAAAGUUUCGCAGUCUUCGCUACACAAUCAGAAGUACGUAGCAGAAAGCUUGUAGGUCUCAUGUUGUCGGUCCAAAAAUGGAACUUGUCACUGUUCCGCCGCCAACAGCCACUCAAUCCAACUACCAUCACCACCACGGCAGCAGCAUCUCCACCAUUACAUAUUCUCCUCACAACCCCAAACUCAAGCUUCCUCUCCUUCACACCUCCCCUGUCAUCUCUUCAAAACCCCUCCAACCCAUUAUCUCUCCACAAACCACUACUACUUGCAGCGACAGCAUUAAGAGGAGGAAGAAGAAGAAGAAGAAGAAAAAUGGGUCUUCAACCUUAGAUAUAUUGUGCUUAAUGGAAGCUCUCUACAAUCCCAUACCCAUUGACAUCUACACCUCUCUUGUUAAAGAGUGCACUGUUUCUGGGGACCCACAUACUGCUAUUCACUUGAACAAUCACAUAAUCCACAGUGGGAUUAAGCCUCCGUUGCCCUUCAUCAAUCGGAUUCUCAUCAUGCUUGUGUCAUGUGGCUUGUUGGACAAUGCACGCCAUGUGUUUGAUUUAAUGUCUGUUAGGGACUUCAACACUUGGGCAACCUUGUUUGUUGCUUAUUAUGAUAAUGCUGAUUAUGCGGACGUAGCUAGAGUAUUUGUCAGCAUGGUUGAAGAUUUGGGUAUGGAAGAUUCGGAAUUCCCUGCGUGGAUGUGGGGUUGCCUUCUCAAGUCAUGUGCCUGCAGUGCGAACUUCCAUCUCGGUAUGCAAGCUCAUGGAUGUUUGUUGAAGUUAGGAGCUUGUACUGACGUGGUUCUAAGUAGCUCUUUGAUCAGUUUCUAUGGGAAAUUCAAGCGCCUGGAAGAUGCGAAUGCUGUAUUCAACCACGCUUCGCGACACAACAACAUGACUUGGUCGGCUAAGAUUGUAGGCGGAUGCAGGGAAAAGCAAUUCUCUGAAGUUCUCUGCGACUUCAAGGAGAUGGGAAGACAAGGGGUGAAGAAGGAUAGCUUCACAUUUUCCAGUGUUCUCAAGGCAUGUGGGAAGAUGCUGAAUCACGAACAAUGUGGCGAACAGGUCCAUGCUAAUGCCAUCAAAUUUGGGAUGGUUUCAGAUAAAUAUGUUAAGUGUAGUUUGAUAGCUAUGUAUGGAAGAAGUGGUUUGCUGAGAGAUGCAGAACAAGUGUUUGAAAUGAAGGGGAAUGAAAGAAAUGUUGAUUGUUGGAAUGCAAUGGUUAUGGGUUACAUGCAUAAUGGUAUGCACAUUGAAGCUUUGAGGUUUCUGUAUCAGAUGAAAGAAGCUGGAAUGCAGCCCCAAGAAGAUCUGCUUAAUGAAGUGAGAAUUGCUUGUGGCAGUGUUAAAUACUAAACCAUGAAUAAACUGAGAAGUAUAUUGUAUAUGUACUAUAUACACAAUGCACAAAUGUUGAAUGGAAACUAUACAUAUGAUUGAUGGUUAAA